AUGGUAAACCUGACCCUAAAUCGACGACCAUCAUACUAUGUCUUCAACCUGAUGAUCCCUAUCAUGCUCCUAUCCACUCUGAGUUCCCUGGUGUUUGCUCUGCCAGUAGAAUAUGGAGACAAAGUGGCUUUCUCAAUGACAGUUCUUCUUUCCUUCAGUGUGUUCCUCACUCAGAUGACUGACAUCAUGCCCAGGACAUCUCGACAGGCGUCCUACCUCACCAUCUACCUGACCAUCCUCCUUACUCUAAGUUCCCUCACUGUGGUAAUGUCAGUUAUCAUUCUAAAUAUCUACAAGCGGCAAGGAGAGGUCCCGUUAAUGCUGCAGAAAUUGGUUAUACGUGUAAAAUGUCCUACAAAUAAGAAACUGGAUCCUGAUGUAGGUGAAGGCCAUGAUGAAGAUCCAUCAUGGCAGGAAGUGUCUGCCAAGCUUGAUGCAGUGUUCCUGAGGGUAUUUCUCUUCAUGAACAUCAUCCUCGGCGUUGUUCUCUUCACCGUUGUCAUCGAAGCUGACAGGUUGUUCACCUCCUCCAGUCAAUCUUAA